AGUUGACUCGCAACCACGGAAGAAAGAGGCACAAUUUCACAAAAGCUCCUCUAUAAGUCAUUGUUUUUUGAGAAUUGGAGGGAACUUGGGAAAAUCUCAAGUUGCCCAAUAAUUCAGUUGGGAACAAUUGUUCUUUUCUUUUCCACCUUUUUUUACACAAUUGUACUCUGUUAUUUUUCUUUCUUUGAGUGCACUGACAUCAAGAAUUUUUAAUAAUAGCCAGUGCUUUUUCUCACAUUUUCACCUUCCGGAUGACUUCCUGAGACAAAAGAGCGCGAAUUCUUUUUCUUUCUCAUGAACGUUUAAUUAAAAAUGCAUUUGCAUAAGCUGAAACAAUCACGUUUGAGCAGAUAAGAUUUCAAGGAGUCAGAAUCGUGCUCCUUCCGCAAAGAAAAACUUCUUUCUCACCCUCUCCCAAAGGAAAUUCAUCAGUGGACAUUUCCAUCCGGAAAGAGGUGCAGAAGUUGUGGUGUUAAAGUGUCAGACAGUCAUUGAGUAGAGGAGCAAGAGACAAAAGUAAACAUUUUAGGAAGAAAGUCUGGUGUUGGUAAAAACGUUUGGGGAAUGAGCGGAAUGAGAGGGAAUAAGGUGUGAGAAGGCAAAAACGGGGACGUGAAUGGGAAAAGCUCGUUGCGAUUAACUUUGUGGCGGAAGUGGCUUGAAAGUCCUGUCGGAAGUGGGCAAAAGACACCCCUAUAUAUAGUUUGGAAUCGCGAGUGCGAGGUGGAAAAUAAUUUUCACCCAAAUGGAAUAUUAUUAUUUGUACUCUACAAGUCCAUUUACUCUAUUUGUGCGGCAUCAGCACGAGGGGGUGUAAAAAUACCCCUCUAGCAGUAAAGGCAGAAGAGAGGAGGAAAAAAAAAUCUUUAUUACGAUGGAAAAUAGAGUUUCGUGACAGUUGGUAAUAAACAGAAUGCUGAAGUGAGAAUUACCCAGAGAGCCCCUUUUGCCGAAGCACCACCAAAUUCCGCAUGUGAAAGUGGAAGUGAGACAAGAAAUCAAAAGAGAACGCCAAGGAGAAGAAAUUGCUGUGCUUUGGUGUAUCGAGUGAAUUGUGGGCAGAGUUGGAUGGAGAUAAUGUUGAGAAAUUAAUAUAGAUAUUGGAUUAGAAAUUGCAUUUCUUUAGUGGAACCUUUCAAAUAAUUUGCGUGGAAGUACAAACAACUUGGUAAGAAGAAAAAACUGGAGUGUGGGAGAGACUUUGGAAGACCAUCCAGGCCCCACAAUGUGUGCGAAUACUUCGAAGGAUUGAGCAUCAAGCCACCCAAUACAAUCAUCAUCCACCCACUCAUCGAAGGGUGACUACCUUAGCUUGAACAUCAACUAACAACUAAAUAGAACAAGAAGCAUAGAACUUGCCGCUAGUAUGAGAGGCCUGAGUGAAAUAUUUUUUGCACAAACUCUUUUUCUACUUAAUGGAAUUUUUAUGACCACAAUACACGGAGACGAAGAUUUGCCCAAAUUUGGCGAACCUAUACAAAAUGUAACUGUUCCCAUUGGUCGAGAGGCGACACUCAGUUGUACGAUAGACAAUUUGCAGACGUAUAAGAUUGCGUGGCUUCGUGUGGACACGCAAACAAUUCUCACGAUUCAGAAUCAUGUUAUUACGAAGAAUCAUCGAAUGAGCAUCACGCACGCUGAGAAGAGAUCAUGGGUGCUCAAGAUUCGUGAUGUUAAGGAGUCAGACAAGGGGUGGUACAUGUGUCAAAUAAACACGGAUCCCAUGAAGAAUCAAGUUGGGUACUUGGACGUUGUGGUUCCGCCGGAUAUUUUGGAUUAUCCCACAAGCACGGACAUGGUAGUCCGAGAAGGCAGCAAUGUGACACUGAAAUGUGCGGCCACUGGUUCUCCCACACCCACAAUCACCUGGCGUCGAGAGGGAGGUGAGCCAAUCUCUUUGGCAGGUGGAAAGGAAGUGACCAGUUUCAAUGGGUCCGUGCUAACAAUUCCACGAGUGAAUCGCCUCAACAUGGGAGCUUAUCUCUGUAUAGCAUCGAAUGGAAUACCUCCAACAAUUAGCAAAAGAGUCAUGCUCAUCGUACACUUUCCACCCAUGAUCUGGAUUCAGAAUCAACUUGUGGGCGCUGCACUUGGCCAAUCAAUAACCCUCGACUGUCAAUCGGAAGCUUUCCCCAAAUCCAUCAACUACUGGAUGCUCAAUGAUACAAUCAUCACUCCAGGAGAACGACACGAGCCCACAACAUACGAGAACACCUAUCGGGUUGUGAUGCGAUUGACGAUAAAGAGGGUGGAAAAUGCAGACUUUGGAUCCUACAAGUGUGUUGCUAAGAAUUCACUUGGAGACACCGAUGGAGCCAUCAAAUUAUACCAUAUUCCGCAUUCGACAUUAUUGACUACAUAUCUUCCAACGACUGCAGUUGAGACGACCCCAUUGAUAAUUCAGCAGCAGAAGGAGAAUCCCGAAGAUCGAGCAACGUACUACAAAUCAACAGCCGGAGCUUAUUCUGUGGCAGUGAAUAAAAUUCUAAUCGGAACAACAUCCGGCUCCUGGAACUCGGAUGGUCGAGAAAGAGAUCAUCGUCAUCGAUUCGACAGCGUGGCGAGCACGGAGGUUCAGAGGGAUGUGGAUCUCCUCACCAAGGAGCAAUACGAAGCCUCAUCGAAGCCAUCAAGAGCUCCCCAUCAUUUACCACAAAUCCACUGGAUUCUCAUGCUCAUCACAGUAUUCAGUGGCAUCCAAUUGCAGACGAUACAUCCAGUCAAUGGCUUUAUGAUGGACAAUUGAAAUGAGAUUGGAUGGAAACAUAAUUAAUUCUCUGCACAGAACUUUAAUUGAAAACUGCGCUAUUCUCCGCGAUAAAUCUCGGAUUAUUUCCACCACCUCUGAUAGCCACAGAAUCUUAAUUCCAAUUCUAGGAGUCUAAUCAUGAGAAGUGAACUAAGAAUCUCAUGAUGGCAAAGCUGGAUUGGAGAGUGAGAAGAAGCUACAGACAGGGAGAAUAAAUCAUUUUCAAUUGAUCUUUGAGUGCAUUCCGUUGCUUCGCGUUAUUAAAUUAAAUCUCCCUAUUCGAGGAUAAAGAAAAAAUUUCAAUGGUAUUUCUUAAUUGACUUUUUUAUCUUCCCACACAAAUACAUUAUAAAUCAGUUCUUGAGUUCAAUUCUUGGUUCAAGUAGUCACAAAAAGUCUGUAAAUGUGCUUAGUGAAUUAAAUUGAUUUCCUUUUUUUCCGCUUUCGAGGGAUUUUUGAUAAAUGUUUACCCAAAAUAUUUGUCUGCUUGGGUAAAAAAGGUCUCCCAUUUAAUUUUAUUCGUAUGAUGCAUUGACGAACUUUGGCAUGCCGAAAUGAAAUAAAAAUAAACCAGAAAAAUUGAAAAUUGAACAGUGAGAUUAUAUAGAUAUGUGCUAAAAAAAAACUGCAAAAUUUACGAAGGCAAUUUAAAUGUAAAUUAUUAAUCAAGACCAAUCGAAUGGAAAAAUAAAAUAAAAAAACAAGGAUAUAAAAGUACAGAACAAA